UUGCCGCGGAUAAAUCCAACCGACUGCAGGUAUUUCUUGCUUUGCUUCUGCCCCGAUAGGGAUUCUUCGAUCAAAGAACAACCGGAAGAAAUGUCAUCACGGGACAAGAAACCGGCGAAACCGUCCACCAGCAGAGCCGGCGGCAUCCGCACGCUGUCCGAUCUCAAUCGACGGUCGGGUCCCGACUCCGAUAGCGAUGAAGAAGGUCCUCAGGAGUACUACACCGGUGGCGAGAAGAGUGGCAUGCUUGUCCAAGAUCCCCAGAAAGUUAAUGAUGUAGAUUCAAUCUUCAAUCAAGCUCGGCAGUUGGGAGCGGUAGAAGGGCCUGUCGAUCAUCUCCGCCCCGGCUCUAGCUCAACGAGCUUUGCUGGAACUGGUAGAUUACUUUCUGGGGAAGUUGUGCAAUUGACUCCACAGCAGCCUGAGGCUGUUGUUCAUAACAUCAUCUUCUGGAGCAAUGGAUUUACUGUGAAUGAUGGCCCUCUACGGAGGUUGGAUGAUCCCGAAAAUGCACCUUUCUUGGAGAGCAUUACCAAAUCUGAGUGUCCAAAGGAGCUUGAGCCAGCAGAUAGGAGGUCCUCUGUUCAUGUAAAUCUGAUUAAAAGGGAUGAGAAGUGUCCGGAACCAGAGAAGCAGCCGCAUGUUGCAUUUCAAGGUGUAGGCAGAACUUUAGGUGGGAGCGCAGCAACCCCAGUGGCGACGGAACCUGUGAUUGGUUCUUCUACCCAUCUCAAUGUUGUUCCAACCCCCUCAAGGGGCGUGGUUGUAGAUGAGACAUUACCUUCCACUUCAGUCCAGCUUAGAAUGGCUGAUGGAACCCGCAUGAUUGCCAACUUCAAUUACCAUCACACUGUGAAUGACCUACGAGCGUUUAUUGACGCAUCUAGGCCUGGGGGAGCACAGAAUUAUCAGCUACAGAUGAUGGGAUUCCCUCCUAAGCUUCUUAGCGAUCCAACUCAGACAAUAGAGCAGGCCGGCCUUGCAAAUUCAGUUGACAAGCCCCAUUUCGGGAAGCGAACCUCUCCCACGCCACCGCCGUCGCUCACUGCCGAGGAUCUGCCCUGUCUUCCACAACUCUUCUCUUCUCUCUUUCUGUCUUCCAGCCCGGACAUAUCACCGCUAAUCUUGCAAUUCUUCUCCCCCAAGCGUUGCCCUCGAAAGUCCCGUUUCAAACCUCGCCGUCGAGCAAGCAAACCAUUGUUCUCGCUCAUACCCCUUCUCACUCUUCGAUCGGCUGUCUCCCGCACUCCCGGAAAGCUCACGGCAGCCCUUGCCACCGGAGAUUUCUAUGUUCGUUUCAAAGGGAGUAGCAAACCAUCAAGAAACUGUGGGUCGGGGUUUGAUGGGGAAGAAGAAGCGGGUUCCGUAAUUCCCACCAAGCCUCAUUCUCCCCUUCAAAUUUUGGUUUCAUCGCUUUACACGCACUCAAGAAAAAGGUUUUUACUCUAAGUUGGGGUGAUUACUUAAACAGUCAGAAAUUUUUGCAGGGGGUAAAAUGCCAUCCUUUUGACCUGCAAUUGUUUUCCUCCUCUUCUUUCAAUCCUUCUGGAAGCUAUGUGUUCCUAAUGUGCUAGGCAAAUGGAUUAGGUUCGUGAGUUGGGUUCUUGCUUUGGUGGAUUCAUGAGUUGCCUUUAAAUAGAUUUACGAGUUUAUUGGUUGGUUUAUACUUUAGAUGGGUUAGUGAGUUUGCGGGUCAUUGAACAUCCAUGAAAAAGAAGCCAUAGCAGCUGCAACAGUUGCAGCAGCAACAGAUUUGGAAGAGAAGGUAGGUGUGGAUAGUUUUAGUUAAUCUCUGCAAAUUGUUAGUUUGAAAUUUUGUAGUGCUGAUGUGAUUCUUUGCUUUGCUUAUGGGAAUUGGUUAGUCUUGGUGUUUUUGGUCUCAAUUGAGCUUUUUAGCUUAAAGAUAAUUGACCACACUCAUAUUCAAUUGUUUGCUUCUAUUCCUUCCCGAUUUCUGUAUUGUUUAUUUCUUUGCUGAAUAUAUGGCAUUUCUCGAUUGAAGUUUCACUUGCAUUUUAUUUUGACUUAGCUUCUUAGCUGGGAGGGAAGAUGUGAUAUUGCAUGACGUGAAUAGAGAAUUGAAGGGAUAGACCUCAAUAACUUUAUUCAUCUAAUAGCAGCAGCUAAAUCCACUAUUGGUCUCAACAUUAGAGAAGCAACUUGAAAACUUGGUCUUUUAUUAAAGGAUGAAUAAAAUAACCAUUGCAAUUUAAUCAUACAUUAUAUGUUUGCUGAGAUGUGCAUUUUGAAAGUUUCUAUAUAUUAUUGUAUUCAUUAUGUAAUUGGGACUUCGAGCUUGCUUGCCGUAUCAUAUCAUUGAUUUUGAUUGUAUUUCAUUAUGUAAUUGGGAGUUGGGACUGCGAGUUUGGUUGUUGUAUAAUGUCAUUGAUUUUGAUUGUAUUUCAUUAUCAAUAGAACAAAAUAAAAUUCACGUACUGGGUCUAUAGCACACCGGCCAACGGGCCGGGCCCAAUGCUAGUAAUAUAAUACACCGAAGGGAAAAACGGGAGCCCCAUUUCAAAUUUCCUGCAACGAGAGUGAAAGUAGGAAGGACAUUUUGGUCUUCAC